AUGAAAAAUGUUCUCUUUCUUAUUGCCGAUGAUCUACGACCAAAUUUAGAUGUUUAUCAAGGCCUGGGAUAUCAUUUGGGUCAAUCACAUACACCCAAUUUAGAUCAGUUAGCUAAGAAAAGUAUUCUUUUUCAAAGAGCUUAUGUCCAAUACGCCUUAUGCUCUCCCAGUAGAACUUCAUUCUUGACCGGAAGGCGACCAGAUACAACUCAAGUUUACGACCUUCAAACGUACUUCCGGACAAUAGGAAACAACUUUACUACCAUGCCGCAGUAUUUCAAAGAACAUGGCUACCAAACUGAAGGAAUGGGAAAGAUAUUUCAUCCUGGAAAAGCAUCUAAUAAUGACGAUCCUCCAUCUUGGAACAAAUAUCACCAUGAUGGAACAAGUCAAACUUCACAUAAUUUAGAUUAUAGUUGGAAAGCAGUAAACGACUCUGAACGAAGCCACAAUCCACUGGUGGACGAAGUUAUAUCCAAAACGGCAAAGGAAGUCUUGCAGACUUUGUCAUCAGGAUCAAAACCCUUCUUCCUUGCUGUAGGUUUUCAUAAGCCACAUUUACCUUUCGAAUUUCCAGAGAAAUUUCUGUCAUAUUUUCCUGAAGACAACAUUCAACUUCCGUCUAAUGAAUUUCCUCCUCAUGGGAUGCCCGAUAUAGCGUGGAGUAGAUAUCGUGAAUUGAGAUCAUAUCGAGAUAUCAGUGCCCUGCAUGCAACAGGAGAAAGCAAUACACUACUUCCACAUCAUGUUGUAAGAGAAUUAAGACGGGCGUACAUUUGUGCCGUUGCUUAUAUGGAUUCAUUAGUUGGUGAGAUCCUGGCCGAGGUUAAACGACUCAAUCUUGAGAGCAAUACUGUUAUCUCAUUUAUCGGUGAUCACGGGUUUUCUCUUGGAGAACAUGGACUGUGGUCUAAAGAUACAAAUUUCGAGGAUGUGGUUCACGCUCCGAUGAUGAUAAGUGUUCCCGGUCUUACGGAUAACGGCGUUGUGACGAACCAGUUGGUAGAACAUGUAGACCUGUUUCCAACUUUAGUAGAAGUGGCUGGCCUUCCGUUACUGCACACCUGCCCGGAACAUUCUCAUCUGGAUACGUGUACUGAAGGAACGAGUAUGGUUCCUCUUAUUCAUCAUCCACUAUCUCAAAUUAAACAGGCCGCAUUUUCCCAAACCUUUCGUCACAGGGCUAUGGGUUAUAGCAUCAGAACAGACCGAUAUCGAUACACAGAAUGGCCUGCAUUUGAUUCUCGGACAAAGAAACCGGAUUUUACCCAUUCCUAUGGUAGCGAGCUGUACGACCAUGUCAACGACAAGGAGGAAAACAACAACAUCGUCGCGCGACCAGAAAACGCCCAAAUUGUGACAACUCUCAGAGAUAUGCUGCGUAAAGGAUGGAGAUCAGUGUCAAAAGAUCCUUCCAUUAUUGGUUAA